UCAAUAGGAUCAUAUUUUCUUAAAGGGGAAUGGUUUAACUACACUAUACUUUUUGCAAAAUAGGUGACCACAUGUUACUGUAAUCAAGGACUUUGGAAAUGUAUGUGCUUGGUGUGCCUAAAUGGUGCAGUAGAGUAUCAGUAAAGUAAGAGGAUACAGAGGAGGUGGUAAACAAAUCACCCAACACUGUGUCCUUGAUGGUGGGGUUUAUCAUUAAAAUAGAGCAAUCCUGAUGAAGGCUGUGGAUUUCCGGUGGAAAUUCUCUGCUUCUAAAUACUUGAACUCAAAAUAUAUGCAGAGUUGUGUGUGAUUUUUUUAUUUCAUUUUUUCAAUGAAAUUUAUUUAAAUGUCCUCAAGCAACAUGGAAAGACAGAAUCUCACACAUGUCUCAGAGUUCUACCUCAUGCGCUUCUCAGAGGAUCCAGACCUGCAGCCCAUCCUGUUUGGACUGUUCCUGUCCAUGUACAUAGUCACUGUGGUUGGGAACCUGCUCAUCAUUCUGGCCGUCAGCUCUGCUGCCCACCUUCACACCCCAAUGUACUUCUUCCUCUCUAAUCUAUCCUUCACUGACCUUUGUUUCACCUCCUCUACAGUCCCAAAGUUGACUGUGGACAUCCUAACUCAGAGCAGAGUCAUCUCCUAUGCAGACUGCCUGACACAGAUAUCACUUUUUAUCUUUUUUGGAUGUAUGGAGAGUAUGCUUCUGACUGUGAUGGCCUAUGACCGCUUUGUGGCCAUCUGCCACCCGCUCCAUUAUUCAGUCAUUAUAAACCCUCAUCACUGUGUCUUAUUACUUUUGCUGUCAGUCUUUGUCAGCCUUUUAGAUUCACAGAUGCACAAUUUAAUUGCCUUACAAGUUACCUGUUUCAAAGAUGUGGAAAUUGCUAGUUUCUUUUGUAACCCUCCUCAACUCUUUGACCUUUCAUGUUCUCAUACCUUAAUCAAAAAUAUAGUCACAUAUAUGGUUGGUAUCCUAUUUGGGUUUUUUCCAAUGUCAGGGAUCAUUUUAUCCUACUAUAAAAUUGUUUCUGCCAUUCUGAAAAUCCCAUCAUCUGGGAGGAGGUACAAAGCCUUUUCUACCUGUGGUUCUCACCUGUCAGUUGUUUGCUUAUUUUAUGGAACAGGCCUAGGAACAUAUCUUGGUUCAGCUGUGUCAUAUUCUCCCAGCAAGGGCAUGGUGGCCUCAUUGAUGUACACUGUGGUCACCCCUAUGCUGAACCCCUUCAUCUACAGCCUGAGGAACAGGGACAUCAGCAGCACACUGAAGAGGAUCCAAUUUUGGAAAAUCUAA